AUGGACCCGGUCUCUAUCGCCUCCGCUGCAUUCGCCCUCGCCGGGGGCAUCAUCAAAUGCUCGGUCUCGAUAGCCCAAUUCGUUCGCCAGGCCAAACACGCACGGAACGAUCUCGACAGGGUCACCACCGAGCUUGCAGUUCUGUCCGGCUUACUCACUCCGCUUACUGUGGCUCUAAAUCUGAUAGGAAGCCAGGCCAGGGGGCUUCUCCCCAGUGAGCAACUCGCGCAGAUCGAAGGUCCUAUCAAGGAAUGCGACUUGUUGGUAACUCGCAUCAACGAAUACAUAAGUCUUUUCAAGAACGAUGCCAUAUGGACAAGGGCAAAACGGGCCAUGUGCGGCAAGGGGCAUGUUGAGGACUGGUGCGAAAGUUUGGAAGUACACAAGCAAUCUCUCAACCUGAGCCUUCUCAUACUCUCUCUCUCCGAUACUCAGGAAAUCAGAAGAGACACUACCGAGAUCAGAGGAACAAUACAACGGAUGCACAAAACUGUUCGCGAAAUUCGAGAUCGAGUCGUCGUCCCACGACGAAGUAGGUCAGCGCCUCUAGCACGGCCUCCAAGAGAUGUCCAGCAAUGGGUGGAUAACAUCUCCACCUUAUGGCUUAGGUCACCUUCAGGGUAUGGUUCUGAAUACCGUUCCACAAUACCGACCCGAAUCCCGUCCUCAACGGCUAGUCGCUACUUCAGUCUCGCGGGGAGCGAAAAUGAAUCGUCUGCAUUGCGACGCCAACAACCUACUAGGCCAGGUGAGCUCGAGAAUCUCGAAGUUUUUCAGGCGCCAUCUCAGCCGCCUUAUCGGCCAUCUUCCGAGCUAUCGAGUAUCAAUUGGACGGAGAUCUAUAACUCGCCUACCAGCAGCCAAAAUGAAGCCCGGCUUCGGUCUGAAGUCAGCCAGGCGCCAUCUCAGCCGCGUUUCGAGCUACCAAGUUUUAACUGGACGGAGACAUAUAACUUGCCUGCUAGCAACCAAAAUGAGGCCCGGCUUCGGAAGUCAGGGACAAGUGGUACAUAUGUCCAGUGCUACGGUAGUUUGGCCUCAUCCUCGGCGCCAACAACUACCACAGCGCAGGCUUCGCCUACUACUCCAGUAUCAGACACGUUUCCCGUCUGCGAACUUCCCGCCUUUCAGUAAAACCCUAUCAUCUGCCUACCUCUAGGCUUCCCAACUGUACCCCCACCCCCACCCCCUUUUCCAUCAUCACCUAAUACCUCUACCUUCACUUGUUCUUUUCUCGCC